AUGGAAAAGCCAAAGGGGGCAGAUCUGCCGCAUUAGCCUCGCGGAAAACGGUUCCUCUUGUCAGACGCGACGCGUCUGCGAACACGUACGGUUCUAAGCUUCCGAUAAGAAGUCAAGAAUUUCAAAUAAACUCAGAAACAAAGAAAAUAUAUAUAUAUAUAUAUAUAUACGCUCGAAGAGAUCGAUUAAGAAGAUCGAUAAUAUAUAAUACGUGGGAAGGUGGAAAAUUGAAUUUCAAAAAGAUAAAAGAAUAAAAUAAGAAAGAAAGAAAAAAAAUCGUUUUCCUGUUUACUGAGAAACCACUUCUUCGGGACGAGAGUCAGAGGAGAAAAAAAGACGAUUGAAGUUUGAUCUUGACUGAUCGAAUCGAAAAAGGAUCCUACUGUGAGGAAACACAUGGUACGGUGAUCGUUAUGAUGACUGCAAACCGAUUCGCGCCUUUCGUCACCCUCGUUUCUGUUGUUUUGGUAUCAACCUUCCGUCACGGCGAGGCAAUAAUAUGCUAUCAGUGCAACAGCGAGUACGAUCCAAGGUGUGGCGAUCCAUUCGAUCCGUACAGCCUUGGAACGGUAAAUUGCAGUUUUCAACCACGAUUGGAACACCUCAAUCAUCUCGAGCCCACGAUUUGUCGAAAAAUCAGUCAGAGAGUUUAUGGAAAGGAGAGAGUGGUAAGGGGUUGCGGCUACAUUACGGAUCAAAAGGACAAUGGAGAAUGCCUUCUAAGAUCCGGCACCCACGACGUGCGUGCGCAUUACUGCGCCUGUACCGGUGAUCUCUGCAAUUCUGCCGAAAAACGUAGACCGUCCUCUUUAUUGAACCUGGCGACCGUCGCGACCAUCAUCGUGGCGAUUCCGAGUCUUAUUUUGUCGAGUCCUUUUUCCCUGCCUGUAUUGACAUCGUCCAAUUUGUCAGUAGCCUAA